AUUUGCGAUUAGAUUAAAAAGACAGAUAUAUUCAUAUGAUUUCCGAAUUAUAUUCUAUAGAAAGUAUUGUUUUAGGCUGAAAAAAUAAAAAAUGUCGAACACACGACCUAGUAUCUCGUAUUUCCCUCUCAACUGACAGCAAUAUAUAUCAAUACUUUAGAUUUGUAGUCAUUAAUUUGGAACUGUCACAGCAACCAUCAGUUAAAAACCUAUCCCUCCAUGUGUCGGAGAAUACUAAUGUACUUGCAAUGACGACCUUACAAAUUACGAUGAUGAGAAUAAAAGAAACAUUUGGAAUAUUAGGACACUUCCUAUUCAUCUCCAGUUUAAACCUCUUCCAUUCUGUAGCAUGCAGAGCGCAAUGAUUAGCGUGGCGUGAUCAGGGAAUACCAUUCAUUUUUGGCUAAGCAAAAAUCCUAGGAGGACUAAUGAAUUUACUGAUGUAAUCAGUAAUUAGCUGUCGUUAUUUUUGUUUUUUCUUCCACCAAAGUAGGGAGGAGUUAGGUCGAACUGUACUCUGGCAGAUUCAACACAAGCGAACAGACUCAUAUGAUGACAUUAGAUAUUGGAUCGAUCGUCAGAUCAGCAAAGCCAACAGAUUUUAUUGGCUUCAUAUGGCUCAGAGAAUCUAACCUGAAAGUUUGAUAAGAGAAGUGCUUACUUGUAAUCAGGAACUGUACGAGUCGCUUAAAGCGAGAAAUAAGAGACGUAGUCGUCUGCAAUGGCGGAGUGUCCUGCGAAAAAUGUCACCAAAGACAGUCAGGGUGAAGAGAUGCAACUGACCAGCGGAACAAUUCACACGAAGGGAAAUGUCGUCAUAUUCGCAAUGGAUGGCAGUGAAAUAGCAAUAGACGCCCUUAAAUGGUAUGCUGCUAAAUGCCACCGUCCUGAAGACGUUGUUAUCCUUGUUUACGCCGUAGAGAUGAGUGAAAUCUUCACAUCCGCCCAAUGGCUGCAAACACCCAACACAGAGGACAUUGACGCUUUCCAAACAAUAUUCCGUCACCAGAUAGAAAAGAUACAGAGAAAACUUCAAACAUUUGCGAAAAUUUUAAGACAACUAGGAAUCAAUGGGAGUGUCAGAAGCACACAUGCCCCGAAGCCCGGCGAAGGAAUAAUCAAUGUAGCAAAGGAGGUGGAUGCUACAAUGAUAGUGACUGGGAGUCGGGGACACGGGAAAAUCCGCAGGACACUUCUAGGUAGUGUCAGUGAUUACCUGAUUCACCACGCCGACAUUCCAGUACUAGUGUGUCGUCAUCAAUCCUUUAACUGACGUCAUAUGACACCAUUGCAUAAUUCCCGUACUAGAGUGUCGUCAUCAGUCCUUUAACUGACGUCAUCUGAUACCAUGCCGACAUUCUUGCACUACUAUUUUGUUAUAAGUCAUAAGGGUGACUUUACUGAUAUACAGAAUAGGCAAAAUUGUUUUGAAAAUAUUAAUUCUGAAAUCGAGCUAGUUUGGUGACGAAUUAAUUAUUCACCGCAAGACACAAGAUCAAUGCGUUUCAUAAACUGGUUCCCCGCUGAUUGCAUGAGAGAAGCGAGAUCAACAGGGUACCAGUUUAUGCGUUUCAAUACUAAAGCUGUAACUGUUUUUUAUAAUUCUGUUGUUUAUCUUAAUUCAUUUAAUCAUCAACAUAGAUAAAGUGCUACAGCAAAUAA